AACUCCGGGAGACGGUGGAGGGCGGGCCGGGACCCUCGGGCUGCGGCGGGUCGCGGUGGAGGAGUGGGGAAGGGGAAGCAGGUUCUGCAGCGGAGGACUGGAAGCAGCUGGGAGGCCUGGGGGCUUCCGCGGCACAGGGAUUCCGAGUGACUGAGAGAUGGAGGAGUUUGGGGAGCCAGUGAAUUGUGGCGGGUGGGUUGAGAAGUCUAGGGUAGGAGGGCUGGUAAGUGAUGAGAAAGUUUGGGAAAGGGCCCUCGCUGAGAAACCGGGGUUACCCUGCAUUGGCCUUGGUCCCAGUCCAAGUCUGCCCUGUUUUUUCUGGUUGGGAACUGGCGGAGCUCUAGCGUGUCUGAGAUGGCUCCCGGCUGCUAAUGAGGAGGAAGGAGCCUGGCUUCCCACGGGCACGGGACGCUGAGGCUAGGUCCAGGGGAUUCCAGCUUGUGCACGAGCGGACUUUACUCCCGAGGCAGGGCCAGGCGCCUUCGCUGGGAGGACUCCAGCUUAGACCAGAGACGGUGGUGGCCAGGCCUGAGGGGAGGCCCAGCCCAGUCACAGGCCGGCUCUCUUCUGGGCUUUCUGCCUCCUGUCAUCGUGUCCGGGAGUUGAUUAAUCUGGACGUGCAGAGUGGAGCCCUGCUGGUCUGGGGCCGGAGGAGUCUGCGAGAGUUGCUUCAAAGAGUGCUGUCCUGACCCCUUUGGGCUUUUGAGAGCUGCUCAGAUUGCAGCUUCAAAAGCCCUUGCAAAGCAGCGACUUCUGCUCAGUGUGUGAGGACCUCAGCCUGACCCUGCCGGUGCCCUAGUCUGCUGUUCAGGUUGCCCCAGAGGGCUUGGAAACUGUGCCCAUCUGCCUUCUCACCCUCUCUGCAUUUUUGUUUGGCCUUCAGGUUCUAACUCCGCCACAUUCGAAGCCGUGCCCAAGCAUUUGACACUGGCUUCUUGCUCAUCUACCCGGGUUUGCUGUGGACUUCCUCUGUUUUCGACUCAUGUCUCCAGGCGGAGGUCCUUAGGGAUCCUCGUGGAAUGUACACAGCCUACCUGCCCACUGGGCCCUCACUUCUAAGGAGAUGGCUUAACUAGGGACAGUGACUGGAUUUUUUUUCCUUCUUACUCCUUAUUCUUCCUCCUUUCUUUUUUUUUUUUUUUUUUUUUGAGACGGAGUCUCGCUCUGUCACCCAGGCUGGAGUGCAGUGGCGCGAUCUCGGCUCACUGCUAGCUCCACCUCCCGGGUUCACGCCAUUCUCCUGCCUCAGCCUCUCCGAGUACCUGGGACUACAGGCGCCCGCCACCACGCCCGGCUAAUUUUUUGUAUUUUUUAGUAGAGACGGGGUUUCACCGUGUUCUCGAUCUCCUGACCUUGUGAUCCUCCUGCCUCUGCCUCCCAAAGUGCUGGGAUUACAAGCGUGAGCCACCGCGCCCGGCCUCUUCCCCCUUUCUUAAGAGAAAACAGAGUCUGGGUAUGGGCAGAGACAGACCUGGUCCCAGGGACUCCAGCUGGGGCUCAUCUUUCCCACCUUGCUCUCCCCCUUGGGGAUUCAUGGGCCCAGGGUGUUGCUGAGGGCUCCUUGCAUCAGUCAUUAUAGCCCUUGGGCCUGCCCACUGAGACCUGGCCUGGGCACCAUCUGUGGGCCUUUGGCCUUGGAAGGACCUGGAACAGACAUGCCGCUCCAGUUUCCUUGGCAUGCAAGCCAUAGGAAAUGUGCCCUUGGGACAGCCCCUGAGAGGAUAGAUUCCACAUGUUUGGUAGGGGGUGGCCUUGGGCCUGUGGCAAGGCCAAGCUGGCUGGCUGGUUAGGCCUGGGCUGCUAGCUGUGCGGAAGUACGAGAUGGCCCUGAGUCUGGGUUUCCCAUCCCACUAGCUUUCCUCCUCCUGGCAGGAGAGGUAGAUGGGAAGGAGAACCCAGCCAGCUAACUUUGGCUGAGUUUGAAGAGGAUCCUACCUGCCUUCUUUCCAAGUCCAGUUGUAUGACUUCCAGGAGAAGGGACUUGAGAUCUGGGAAACAAAGGGGUUCUUGUCUGUUAGGGCUCAUGAGAUGCACUGGAAAAGCGAGAAUUUGAGGCCCAAGGUGAGCAAAUAGUUGAAAGAAGGGAAAUGAUGACCUCCCUUCCUCCAGAGGGUGGUUCUAGCUGUGGAUCACAGUUAACAGAGGAACCUAAAAAAAUAAAAAGAAAAGAAAAACCCUUUAGGGCAGGAUGUGGUGGGCUCACACCUGUAAUCCUAGCACUUUGGGAGGCCCAGACAGGAUUACUUGAGACCAGGAGUUCAAGAGCAGCCUAGGCAACAUAGUGAGACCAUCAUCUCUUAAAAAAAAAAAAAAUUUAGCCAAGCGUGGUGGUGUGCGCUUAUGGUCCCAGCUACUCAGGAUGCUGUGGCAGGAGGAUUGCUUGAGUCCAGGAGUUCAAGGCUGCAUUGAGCUAUGAUCCUGCCACUGCACUCCAGUCUGGGCAACAAAAUAACAAAAACCUCAGAUUUCUGGGUUCACUCCAGAGAGUUCAAAAAGUUCAAAUUUUUUUUUUUUUUUCUGAUAUGGAGUCUCACUCUGUCGCCCAGGCUGGAGUGCAGUGGCACGAUCUCAGCUCACUGCAACCUCCACCUCCCAGGUUCAAGCAAUUCUCUGCCUCAGCCUCCUGAGUAGCUGGGAUUACAGGUGACCGCCACCACGCCUGGCUAAUUUUUUUGUAUUUUUAGUAGAGACGAGGGUUCACCAUCUUGGCCAGGAUGGUCUCGAACUCCUGACCUUGUGAUCCACCCGCCUCAGCCUCCCAAAGUGCUGGGAUUAUAGGCGUGAGCCACCGCACCCAGCCUCAAAAUCCUUUUUACUCAUGGGAGAGUGGUGGUAUGUUCUCCAACUGAGGCCCUCAGGCCCAAGUUCCAGGAGCAUCAGGGCCACAUUUGGGGCAGGGCAAAGCAUGCUCACCAGAGCCCUGGAGUCCUCAUCUGGGGUUCAGGGGAUUGAUCCAGGCCUACCUGGUCCUGUUGCAGGCAGGGAGUUAGGGAGGCUCAGAGUUCUGGACUGUUUUUUUUUUUUUUUUCUUUAACUCCUGAGUGUUUUUUAAGGGGGAGGAGUUGCUAGCGCCUAUAAACCCAGGUAUGGAGCUUGGCAAAGCUCAGCUGGGACUUGAACUCUAAGCAGCCUUCCCCUGGGGCCCUGGGUGAGCCGGGGGCUCUGGGCCCGGGAAGCCUGGAGCAGAUGUCUGGGUGGAGCCUAUUCCAGACCCUGCCUGUGCGGCCUUGUCUUGGGACUUCCUGUUACUGGAGCACCUGCCCAGGAGGGAUGGGUGGUGCUGCAGGUUUUGUGAACACCGCAGCAGGGAGCUUCCUGAGGACCACAGGGCCCUCGCUCACCUCUGCAGGACCCACUGCUUCAGUUCUUCCCUGUCUUUGUCUCAGGCACUAGGAAAAACUAGUCUGGGAUGUCUGGGCCUGGGCUUACAGCUAUAGCCACACUCAGUUUUUUUCUAUAAUCUCAGGCCAGAGAAAGAACAAUCUUUAAGGCAGAGAAAGAGGCUGUCUUUUGCCUUUCAACAGCUCUGAUUAAUCUCUUCCUGAUGGAAAGAGACUUUGGCAGGACUCCCAAAGCCCCAGAGCCCCCCACUUUGAGCUUUUUUUUCUCCCAAACACUUCCUUCCCACCCUGCUCCUCCUCUCCCCACCCUUAUGUCUGUGGGUCAUGUUUCUUUCCAUCUCCACAUCUGGUCAAGAAUCUGACCCUCUGUGUUGGGAACAUGGGUUUAGUGCGGGAUGAAGAGGUUGGGGAAGAAUCUCAUCUUCAUGAUGCUGGGGUGGGGGAGGGUACUUUGAUUUGGUACAAGUCUCCACCCUGCCGGGCUUGGUUGGCUGGUUGUGCUCGUUGCAUAAUCUGGGCCCUGGGGCCAGCCCUGUGAAGCUGCCAGGGACAGUGUGUGCAAGGCAGAGCUGCCAAACAGGCCUUGCAGGCAGCAGCCAUGGGGAGGGGGGUGGGGGUGGAGGUGACUCCCAGAUGGGCUCCACAGAAAUGUCGGGGAGCAAGGCCUCAGCGACCUGGCAUGUCACCAGGGAACCGGAUGCCCAUGGCUGGCUUGCAGGUGGGACCCCCUGCUGGCUCCCCAUUUGGUGCAGCAGCUCCGCUUCGACCUGGCAUGCCACCCACCAUGAUGGAUCCAUUCCGAAAACGCCUGCUUGUGCCCCAGGCGCAGCCUCCCAUGCCUGCCCAGCGCCGGGGGUUAAAGAGGAGGAAGAUGGCAGAUAAGGUUCUACCUCAGCGAAUCCGGGAGCUUGUUCCAGAGUCUCAGGCAUACAUGGAUCUCUUGGCUUUUGAGCGGAAGCUGGACCAGACCAUUGCUCGCAAGCGGAUGGAAAUCCAGGAGGCCAUAAAAAAGCCUCUGACGCAAAAGCGAAAGCUUCGGAUCUACAUUUCCAAUACGUUCAGUCCCAGCAAGGUGGAAGGCGAUAGUGCAGGAACUGCAGGGACCCCUGGGGGAACCCCAGCAGGGGACAAGGUGGCUUCCUGGGAACUCCGAGUGGAAGGAAAACUGCUGGAUGAUCCUAGCAAACAGAAGAGGAAGUUUUCUUCAUUCUUUAAGAGCCUCGUCAUUGAGCUGGACAAGGAACUGUACGGGCCUGACAAUCACCUGGUGGAGUGGCACCGGAUGCCCACCACCCAGGAGACAGAUGGCUUCCAGGUAAAACGGCCUGGAGACCUCAACGUCAAGUGCACCCUCCUGCUCAUGCUGGAUCAUCAGCCUCCCCAGUACAAACUGGACCCCCGAUUGGCAAGGCUGCUGGGCGUGCACACGCAGACGAGGGCCGCCAUCAUGCAGGCCCUGUGGCUUUACAUCAAGCACAACCAGCUGCAGGAUGGGCACGAGCGGGAGUACAUCAACUGCAACCGUUACUUCCGCCAGAUCUUCAGUUGUGGCCGACUCCGUUUCUCCGAGAUUCCCAUGAAGCUGGCGGGGUUGCUGCAGCAUCCAGACCCCAUUGUCAUCAACCAUGUCAUUAGUGUGGACCCUAACGACCAGAAGAAGACAGCCUGUUACGACAUUGAUGUGGAGGUGGACGACCCACUGAAGGCCCAAAUGAGCAAUUUUCUGGCCUCUACCACCAAUCAGCAGGAGAUCGCCUCCCUUGAUGUCAAGAUCCAUGAGACCAUUGAGUCCAUCAACCAGCUGAAGACCCAGAGAGAUUUCAUGCUCAGUUUUAGCACCGACCCCCAGGACUUCAUCCAGGAAUGGCUCCGUUCCCAGCGCCGAGACCUCAAGAUCAUAACUGAUGUGAUUGGAAAUCCUGAGGAGGAGAGACGAGCUGCUUUCUACCACCAGCCCUGGGCCCAGGAAGCAGUAGGCAGGCACAUCUUUGCCAAGGUGCAGCAGCGAAGGCAGGAACUGGAACAGGUGCUGGGAAUUCGCCUGACCUAACUGCUCAGGGAUCUUUCUUCCCAGCCCUGGAGCCUGGAGGGAGACCGCCCUCUGGGUCCUUGCUGGGGCCGCAGACACGUAGGCUGGGGUGAGAAGUGUCUGCUGUCACCCUCUACUCCCCAGCUUUAGUUUUAUAAAUGUAGUGAUAGGAUUCCUUGUUGCUUGGUCCCCAAAGCCUUAUACUUUUUGCAUUGGCUUUAACUGGGUUCAGCAGAUGCCUCCUCUGCCCCCCUGCAGGCAGGCCCAAGUAGGACUGCUGGAGGCUGCUUUGACAUUGUAACAGACAUUUCCGAACCAAAGGCUGCUGGGUUUGCAUGUUUACAGACUCCCCCUGGGGCGAGGGUCAGAGCUGGCUCUGGGGAGCUGGGCUAGGAAGAGGAGGUGCAGCCCAGACUCUUCCUAGGCUUUCUAAACCAAAGUUCUUUGCCAUUCCUACAAGCCCAGGCUUGCUGCUGGUUUUUUCCUUUCCUUUGGGUAUUUGCACUAUUUUGGGAGCAAGUUUUCUAUGUGGGAGCCACUUUUUUUGUACAGGGGUAAGUUGGGGGUUUUCAGGGAGCCCUGUUAGGUGCCUCCUUGUUUUCUUUCCUCAAUCUAUGCAAGCGGCUCUGGCCGCCAUCAUCUCCAGGGAUGCCAGAGGGCUGCCUCUCCAGCGGCUUGGGCCAGGGAGGGGACACUCCAGUUCUCUAGCAUGGCCUGAGGUAUGGGUAUGCGCAUGUGGAGGCCAGGGUAAGGUGAAUGGGGAGGCUGGGAGGACUGGUGUUGCCCUUUGGAGCUUGGUGAGGAGGGUGGGCCUAGGGCUUGGCGAGUGCCACUUCUGGCAGGUUUGGAAAUUUCCAAAUAAAUCCUUUUGUCUAUUG